AUGGCAGGCCGUGAGAAAUUGCAGAGAUUCGAGGGUUUAAGACGUGACUUUUUCUAUUGCAGAGGUCGACAGAUGUCUAAGCUGUUUUUAGAACUUCCUGAUCAAGAAGACUAUCCCGAUUAUUACGAAGAGAUUGCUAGACCCAUUGCCUUGGACAUUAUUAAAGAGAAAAUCGAAACCGGAAAAUACCACGACAUUCUUGGUUUAGGGGCCGAUCUUAAUUUGAUGUUUGAAAAUGCGAAACAGUACAAUGCGGAAGGAUCACAAAUUUAUAAUGACGCCCUUUUUUUACAAAGCUUGUCGGCAAAGUUGAUUGCCGCCGAGCAUCCGCAGAGAGGAAAAUUGAUGCAAACUGAUCCCGAGAUCAAUGAUGCUGAUUACAUGGACUUGACCGAAGUAGAACAUAAUGGAGAGAUAUAUCGAGUCGGUGACUACGUGCACAUUCGCAAUGAAGAUGGUUUGGCAAAACCAAAUGUGGCACAUAUCUUUCGACUAUGGAAAAAUCAAAACGGCGAAGUAGGCGUUAAUGUCUGUUGGUACUACCAUCCAGAACAAACGGUCCACCAAGCUACCCGUUCCUUUUACGAAAACGAAAUUUUCAAAACAAAUGCUUAUAAUGAAUAUCUUAUUUCCGAAGUAAUUGAGAAAGUUUUUGCCGUUCCUGUUCGUGAAGCAAUGAAAGGUCGUCCAAAAAACAGCGCGGGAAAAACCGUCUACGUGUGCGAAUCGCGCUACAACGAAUCUGGUAAAAACUUUUCCAAAAUUAAAAACUGGAGCAGUACCUAUGCUCCAGGAUUUGCUGGACGCGUGGAAAUGGAAUACUAUCCCCAAAUGAUUAGUCUUAAGCGGAUCAAGAGUCCGCUUGCUGGAGCAUUCGAAAUGAUAAAGACGAAGCCCAAACAGGAGGAAUCUUCCCCGCAGUUAGCCUCGGUUAGUCAUCAGCAGGUGUCACAACAAACUAGAACAGCCUCGCCUUUAACUAGUCAAGUCUCUUUACAAUCAGUUGAUAAUAGUAAUACGACUUUGCUUUCACAAUAUCAAUCACCGGCGAUACAAGCACAGUCGUCGAUAUCCUCACGAAUUGAGAGCGUUCCUUCGCCAAUACCGCAUUACGAUGGAUAUAACAAUAAUAACAUUUCGACUUCUGAGUAUAAAGUAAAAGGGUCUAGUAAUGCACCGCAAUAUACAACGCAACAUACGACACAACACACGACGCAACAUACAACGCAACAUACCACGCAACAUACAGCACAGCAUACAGCGCAACAUACAGCGCAGCAUAACAUGCAAACACAACCGAGUGGACAUUCAAGUCAAACAACAAGGGUAAUGUCUUUGUCGGCGGAGACUGGUGAAAUUCUCUGGUUCGCUACGCCACCGGUUGAUGUGGCACCCUUGUCGCGACCGCAGCACUCGAAGCUCUAUAUGGAGAAGCGGGGUGAGCUUCUAGCUGAAAGGGAAAACGUCAAUCGAUGUGGUGCCCGACCAGAUGUGGCCACAGGUAUGCCGAUGGUUAUGCCAACAUCCGCGCCAUCAAAAGUUUCAACCUCCUUUAAUGCGCCUGAUAAUCCAAACAUACCGUUUGGGGAAGCGGAGGCCACGGUUGCUCAAUGUCUUUUAUUUCUAGCAAAUGCAUGGAAAACGGAAGCGCUAGACCUCGCAAACAACAUAAAACGAUGA